AUGGCCGACUUCAACGAAUACCCAGCAAACCUCUCCGUCAAAGACGCCCUCAUCGUCCGCCAAGUUGCCGAACCAGACCAUGCCGUCGUCCCCUACACCGGCGAGGACCUAAGCCGACCGCGCCUCGGGCCCGCCAACCCCUUCCGCGACGAAACCGAUUCGACUUCUACCGCCGUCGGCACCAAGAGGAGGAACGUCCUGACCGGCACCGCGGCCGAGACCUACAUCAGCGAACACACCUUCCGCGCCAAGCACCGCGCCAUCGAGCGCGGCGGCGGUCCCGCGCGCGAACAACUGGGCAGCACCGCGAAGAAGGCGGCAGCUGCGAAGCUGAGGCAACAGAGAGAGGGGAAAGGAAGCGCGACGGUUGCGGAUGGCGAUGGGGCCUACGUCGGGCCGUGGGCAAGGUACAAGAAGCAGGAAUAUGAGGAGGUGAAUGAGGAGGAGUUGGGGAGUGAUGAGGAGUAUGAGAUUGUUGAAGAAGAGGAGGAGGAAGAAGAUGAGGUGGUAGAGAGCGGGACGGUGGUCAAGGCGCCGACGAAGAACCUGGCGCGGAGGAAAGAGGUCGAAGAGCUGGGCGAGGAGACGACGACGUUCCACGGUACCGAGGAGUUCGAUUAUCUGGGCCGGACGUACAUGCACAUCCCGCAGGAUCUGGAUAUCAGUCUCACCAAGGAUGUCGGGAGCGUCACGAACUUUAUUCCCAAGAAGCACAUGCAUACGUGGAGGCACCAUGCCGGCAAGCCGAUCACGGCGCUGCAGUUGUUUCCCAAGUCGAGUCAUUUGGGUCUGUCGGGAAGUACGGAUGGUACCGUCAAGAUCUUCGAUGUGUAUCGCAAUCGGGAGCUGUUGCGGACGUAUGCGGGCCAUUCGAAGGCUAUCACCGACUUGUCGUUUAACAGGGACGGAACCAAGUUCCUUUCGGGCUCGUUCGACAGGUGGAUCAAGUUGUGGGAUACGGAGACGGGACAGUGUGUCAACAGGUUCAACACGGGCAAGACGCCGCAUGUUAUCAAGUUCAACCCGUCGGUUGAUCAGGGACACGAGUUCUUGGCGGGUUUGUCGGAUAACAGGAUUGUGCAGUACGAUAGCCGUGCGGGAGCGGAUCCGGUGCAGGAGUACGAUCACCACUUGGGCGCCAUCAAUACCCUCGAGUUUGUGGGUGAGAAUAGGCGGUUUAUGUCGACGUCGGAUGAUCGCUCGUUGAGGGUGUGGGAGUAUGGAAUUCCGGUGGAGAUCAAGACUAUCAGCGAACCCGACAUGUUCGCCCUCACCAAAUCGACCCAGCACCCAUCGGGCAAGUACGUCCUCUACCAAUGCUCCGACAACUCCAUCGUCGCCUACUCGUCGGCCUCGGACAAGUUCCGCCAAAACCGCAAAAAGUCAUGGCGCGGCCACAACACCGCCGGCUCCGGCAUCGGGCUGGUCUGCAGUCCCGAUGGGCAGUUCGUCGCUUCGGGAGACACCGGAGGAUAUGUCUGCUUCUGGGACUGGAAGACGUGCAAGAUGUACCACAAGAUCCACGCGGACACGAGCGGCGGAGCUAUCAACUGUGUGGCUUGGUCGGAGCAGGAGACGAGUAAGGUGUUCACGGCGGGAGCGAAGGGUGAGAUUAGGAUGUGGGAUUAA